AUGGGCCUGAAGAAGCAGGACGGCGCGAAGUGCGAAGGCCUGGCGCUGCUGCUGCGGGCGCCCUCCCCCGAGGACGAGGACGGCCAACUGCGCGUCAACUCCACGCCGCGCAAGUCGGAGGAGGAGGAAUUCGCCUCGACGCUCAGAUAUGUCCUCGACCUUGACACCUGCCGGGAGCCCCUGUGCCGGGGAUCCAGCAUCCUGUUCCGGGCCGUGGAGUCCUGCCUGAGCUGCAGGAUCGCCUCGAUCGAGGUCCAGGCGCGGGAGGAGGCCGCCGCGGAGGCCGGCGAGGUUGAUGGCAGGCUGGGCCCAGCCGGCGUUCGGGUGGAUAAGGGAAGCGUGUUUGGCCACCUGGCCGUCGGGCAAGAUGGGCUGUCCCUGGGGAGCGAGGGCAGCUUCAGCAGCUGCAGGGGGAGCACGUGCGUGUUCAAGGGGAAGUGGAUGUAUGAGGUGACGCUGGUGACGGCGGGGAUCCAGCAGGUGGGCUGGGCCACGCUGAGGUGCAAGUUCAACAAUGAGGAGGGCGUGGGCGACGGGGCGGACAGCUACGCGUUCGACGGGAAGCGGGUGAGGAAGUGGUGCGUGCACCCGGAGGCGUACGGGCAGGCCUGGGCGCCGGGGGACGUGCUGGGCUGCUGCCUGAACCUGGAUGAGGGCCAGGUGACAUUCUGCAGGAAUGGGGUGUCCCUGGGGGUGGCCUACGACAACGUGAGGACGGUGAAGCCGCACCUGGGGUACUUUCCAGCGGUGAGCCUGUCGCACGGGGAGCGAUGCGAGCUCAACUUCGGGUCCAAGCCGCUCAGGUACCCGGUGGAGGGGUACCGGUCCAUCCAGGACCCGCCCAGGAAGGCCAUCAGGUGCAGUGCUGCGUACCUGUUUGACACCCUGGCCCGCCUGAUCGACGUCACCGCCACGGGCCAGAGCCCCUUGUCUCGUUCCACCAACGUCAUGCUGUCCCGACCGCGGCUGUCCACGGAUGACAGGACGCUGCUGGCGGCGACGGUCAUGGAAAACCUCCAGCCGCUUCUGCAGCACCAGUAUGUUGUGCUGGACUCCCUGCUGCCAUUUCUCAGGAUGGUGCUCGACAGACCAUACCAGGACCGCACACACGAUGGUCUGCACAUAGCCAUAGACAUGCUGGAAUCGACACUCAGCAAGCAGCAGUUUGAUCAGUGCAUGACCCAGGUCAUAACGGCUUUGUCCAAGCACUGCGGGUCGUCUCCCUUCCUGCCCAGAGACCUGCCCUGCACAGCAUCCCACCCCCACCUGGUGCUCAUGAAUGCCCUUCUUGACCACGUGUCUGUGGCGUCGUUGUUCGUGAGCCUCCCAAAUUUGGACGAAGUGCUGGAGGGCUUUCUCACCCGGAAACAGCCCACAGCAGACGACCUGCAGGAGCUGCUGCCCAAUGUCUGGUGGAAGGGGCUCAAGGACGAGAGGUUCGGUGAGGAGCGGAUGGCAACCAUGGUGGCCACCCUGUCAGCGGCGCUUGGCAACAUUGAAAAGGCGCAGCACGACUUGUUCUCCAGGUUGCUGUCAACCAAGCCAACCCCUGUGAUGAACUUCUUUGUGUACUUGUUGAAGAAGAACCAUGGUGCCAGUCGCAACAUACAACCCCUCGGACUGUCAGAUGUGUCAGUCCUUGUGUCGUCCUUCAACCUGCUGCUGAGGCUUUUGCGGCCAUACUUGACGGAGCACUCAAACCAGUGGCUGGGCACCUUCCCUGUGGCCAAGAUAUUUUUGGAUGGAAUCCUGGGAGAACAAGGCACAUUGGUACCAAGCUUGCACCAAGAUCUUCCACGGUUGGGUGGCACCCUGUCCUACCUGCUGAAAGAGUAUCCCAUUGAGGCUCCUGACCACUUUGUUCUGCACCUGCCUCCGGACGCCAUUUCAACGUUGGACAUUCAGGACAGCUGUGUGCCACCAAGCCUGGCUGCGCCGCUGCUGCAUGUGCUGGUGUUGCUGUACAGACUGGGAAUUGAGGCAGCACUGAAGAUGACAGUUCAUCAAUUUCAGCAUGAAGCCAGUCUUCGACUUUCCCUCAUACGGAACGAGCAGCGCUUAGCAAGGAGUGAGGGGAUGAGUGACGCAGAGCAGCGAAGGCUGGCCGCAGAUAUUCAGAAACAGAGGGAAGAGGAAGCCCGUAGCGUCAGGAACUGCACCUGGUACAAGGUGGUGCUGUUCUCUCCAUGGAAGCAAGAAUGUCUGUUUGUGUUGACAGUCUACAUAUCUCGCCUUUUGUCUGCCUUGUCAGGCAGUGGCGGAGAUAUGUUUCGGUUUGCACCUGAAGUGUACGUGGAAUGCAUGCUGGAGCUGUUUCAGGCGGUGUCCAAGGCCGAUGCUAGGUUUGCACCUGUUGACAGGCUGGAGGCCAUGGGGCUACAGCAUGUCAUUGACUUCCUUGUUCACCAUUUCAACCAUCCCAUGGUCCUCAACCCCCAAAUAUGUGAUGCUCUCCUCCAAGCUCUUGGAGCUCUCUUCAGUGACAAGGACCUGCUAGCUACCUUUGAGCACAAUCCUGAGGCUUGUGACAGCCUGGUGCCUUCUUUGCUGGAGUCGUUUGAUUCCAGAUACUGGCUUUCCAUUUCCAACAUUUUCCUCAGCAUGGCAAAGGGCACUGGGUUUGGUCAGGCUGGCAACCCCGCAUCUGGAUCCAGGUUUCGCCAGAUCUUCUUGAACACUUGUCUCAGCCGAGGCGCCCUGUUGGACGGCUUUCUGAACCGCCUAUUCAACACCCUGAAUUGGACUGUCACUGAGAUGACAGUCACGAUCAAAGAGAUCAACGAUAUCACACAUGCAAGGGGAGUGGUUCGAGGCAUCGCAGAAGUGCAGAGGCAGUACAGGAAGGCCACGGUCCUGUUCAAUCUUUCCAUAAACCUGUUGCGCAUGCUGGAAUUGGUGACACACCAAAUGCCAGGUGUCUUCCUUUGUGGCAGCAAGCUGAACCUGACUCGCCUGGUUGAGGUGGUCGCUUUCAUCCUUUCUCAUGUGACCACCGGAUCGGAUGCUCGUGUCUUUGAGAAAGUUUUGGAGGCUCCUGGCACCCCCUCUGAAUUCAAGUCCAAGGUGUCACGCACGGCCAUGCUAGCCCCUUUGGCAGGGGUGCUCAUCGACCUCCAGUUUGCCAGCAAGUCGGCUGACGGGAAGAAACGACUGCAGAGCAACCUUCCGGAAGGCUAUGAUAGCGAGCCCCAGUUCUCUUUAGCAGAGGUUCUGGCGGAGUCUACCAGCCCUACGGAGUGCCUGGACUACCUAAAGUCCGUGGACUGGAAGCUGUCUUUCCCGGGGGCGUCCUGCCACAAAUCCGUGGGCACACUGAGCCAGCUGCUGUCAACCUGCAAGGAGUCGAGGAGGAAGAUGGCCAGCAGCACAGCGGGAGGCAUUGAAUCAGAGGAGUCGCUGCCCGAUGAGUUCCUGGACCCGAUUGUCAUGACGCUGAUGGAGGAUCCUGUUGUGCUUCCGGACUCAAAGAUCACUGUGGACCGCUCGACAAUCAAGAGGCACUUGUUGAGUCAAAGCACCGAUCCGUUCAGCCGGGCAGAGCUGAAGCUGGAAAUGGUCACUCCAGAUGUUGAGCUGAAGUCUAGAAUUGAGGCAUUUUUGACCAGAGCGAGAAAGGGGCGAAAGUAG